CCUCUCCGAACGCUACAGUGUUCACCGACGACAAGUACGAUUUCGCGUGGCCGCCGUGACGUUACAUCGUAUUUCGCACCGCCGCCGUCGCCUAUCGCAUCGUGUCCGCCAACCGUUCUGGAGCAGUGUUCGUUCCGACGGUUUCUCGUUCAUUUCUCUCUUGUGUGUUGCGAUCAGCAACAUUACCUCUCUACCGACCGAAACGCCGUGCAAAUUUUGCAAUAUUGCGCCGUACCGUUUCAGCACCAGCACUUUCGACGAGCCCGCCGAAACGGUUCCCGCAACAGGAACCCGUGUCUCCUCGAGGCUUGCCAAAGGCACCGAUCUUUGGCCGAGUCGACGGAAGCGAACGAUAUUCGCUAAUCAUUUCAUCACCGUUCCCGCGUCCCAGAGGGGUGACACCAUUUAUAUGAAGUUUCUCGACACGGUAUCGCCAUCAUUAUCCAGAGCAAGAUCUGGCAGUUGUAAAAAGCUCAUAGAGCCAUUUAUUGGCCCUGCUACAAGGUGCAUGAUUUCUUUAAAAUAUCAAGGUUUUAGUUUUCGAAAUUUGUUGGAACAGGACAUUGAAAUACUGCUGCAACCGACACAGGAAAUCGCAACCAUUCAGGGAAACGUGACGGGUUAUACUUAAUAUAGGAACUUUACAGCUGCAGCUAUGGGUAGCGUAAACGUGAAUCGGAAUGUCAGUGAUGCAUUCUACCGGUAUAAAAUGCCUCGACUUAUGGCUAAAGUCGAAGGCAAAGGAAAUGGCAUUAAAACAGUCAUUGUCAAUAUGGCUGAAGUAGCUAAAGCCAUUGGAAGACCUGCUACAUAUCCAACUAAGUUCUUUGGAUGUGAACUGGGUGCACAAACACAAUUUGAUUUCAAACAUGACAGAUUUAUUGUAAAUGGAGCUCACGAUGCUGGCAAACUUCAAGAUCUUUUGGAUUGUUUUAUUCGGAAAUAUGUAUUGUGUCCCGAAUGUGACAAUCCUGAAACUGAAUUAAUGAUUAGUACUAGAAAAGGAACAAUACAUCAAGGUUGUAAAGCUUGUGGAUAUUAUGGCUCUUUGGAAUCUAAUCAUAAACUGAAUGCUUACAUAUUAAAGAAUCCACCAAAUUUGAAUCCAGCAGCUCAAGGAUCAUCAUUAACUGAGGGAAAACGCAACAGGCGUUCUAAAAAACAAGGUGGUGAAAAUGGUGAAGGUGGAAGGUCUAGUUCUCCGGAAGAAAAUAAUUCUGAAUUAAUUGUUCAAGCUCCAGAGAAAUUGGCUGAAGAUAAUGAUGGUUAUGAUAAUUGGGCUGUUGAUGUAUCUGAAGAGGCAGUAAGAGCUCGUAUGCAAGAUUUAACUGAUGGAGCUAAAGGAUUGACCAUCGAUGAAGAUACAGAUAAGACUGAAAAAGAGCGAAUGGAUAUAUUUUACAACAAGGUUCAGAAAGCACGUGAUUCUGGUUCUAUUAUUGCCAGAGAACUUGUUGCUGAAGCUGAUCGUUUAGACGUUAAAAGUAAAGCUACAUUAGUGUUGGCUGAAUUAUUGUUUGAUGAGAAAAUUCAUUUGCAGUUGAAGAAACAUCGUGUUUUGUUCUUACAUUUUUGUCAUGAGGAUCAAAAGGCUCAAAGAUAUUUACUGGGUGGCAUUGAGCAAGUAAUUGGACUCCAUAAGGGUAGUUUGUUGCCAAAAGUUUCUGCUAUAUUAAAGUUAUUCUAUGAUGCUGAUAUUUUGGAAGAGGCUGUCUUAUUGGAUUGGGCUAGUAAGAUUAGCAAGAAAUAUGUCUCCAAAGAGCUCAGUCAAGAAAUACAUAAUAAUGCUAAUCAGUUCAUAACAUGGUUACGUGAAGCUGAAGAAGAAGAAGAAAGUGGAGAUGACAGUGAUGAUGACGUAGAAAUUGAGUAUAACGACCGUGUGCACACCAGUACAUUGAAAGCACAACCCACACCACCAGUUGCUAAACCCAGUGUGGAUGAUAAUGAAGAUGAUGUUGACAUAGAUGCCAUCUAAUUGUCAUUGGACAUUUGAGAAUUUAAUUAUUAUUCAAAUAAAAUUAGUUUAUAUUAUAUAAUCAAAUAUUCACCGUAAAA